CUCUCUCUCUCUCUCUCUCUCUCUCUCUCUCUACCGUGCGGCCUGCAGUCAGCACUCAGCAGCGUCGGAAUCCGGACGGCAAGUGGAGGAGGAGAGAAGACAGCCCUCCCCCUCAAAUCCCACAACCACUAUAAAAUCACUGCCAAGAAACAACAAGACAAGAAUCUCUCUUUGCGCAGCACCUUCUCCAUUUUUGGGGGGAAAAAAGAAACAAAAAAAAAAAGAAGGAAAAAAAAAAUUAUGGAUCAGUAGAUUCAGAGACGUAGAAGGAUGGAACUCCGCAAUGAAGAUAAGAACAAGAAAUUUGCAUCAAAUGCGACAGCUUUGCAGUCUGAUGGUGUAAACAAGGAACAACAUUCUGGGAAUAUUAUAAACUUUUCAAAUGGUUUUGCUUUAUCCGGUAUUCUAGAGAGACUGGACAAUGGAAGAUAUGGGAGUGUAACCAAAGAGUAUGAAAGCAUUCAUGCUCAUAGGGUGCAGUUUAUCAAUUUCUUAUCUGGAUUACAACAAUCGCAUGCAAAUCCUUUUCUAGGUAAAGUUUCUAACACAGUGACCGGUGGCUCAAAUAGAUGUUCUAAUUCAUCAGCUGGACUAAAUCGUAAAGCUCCAGCUCCUACAGAAGUAAUUGAUUUGGAUGAAGACAACGUCGAUGAUUCAGCCAAUCAUUCUGUUGAAGUUGCAGAAGAGAAAUCACAUGAGAAAGUGCCAGAAACUGGUACUGGUCCUUCAGAUUCUUGCCCGGAAAACAAAGAAAAAGAUAAUUCGUCAGUUAUAGAUAUUGAUUCAGAUGACGAUGAUGCAAACCGCCAAGCAGGAAGGAAACAUGCUUCCUUUCCUCAAAGCACGGUACUUGAUUUUCGAGCGUGGAGACCAAAUAAUCUAUUGAAUCAGCUAAAACAGGCUAUGGUGGUAGCUCAGGAAAGUAAUUUUAACCAGCUCGUUCCAUAUAACCAUACAAAUGCUAGCUUCGCUGGCCGUACUGCUCCAAGAGCUGAUUGGCAGCCCACAGUGCAAUAUCAGAAAGUUGUACUUCAAAAAGUGUCUGAAGAGCAGCGGUUGCAAGAUGUUGUGGAUGAAACUCAAGCAGUGAACAGAAUUCAAAGGCAAGAAAUUGAAGAUCAUAGUGGUCGAAAGAGAAAGAGGAGAAAAUCAGCUGCGAAUUCAACUAUGACUCCUGUGGGUAUGCAAGAAAAUUCAACAAUUUUUUCAUCUGUGGUCGAAAACCAUUUGCCAAUUAUGCAGAGUUCCCAGCAGCAUGAGACAGAUGUACCGGAAAGUGAUGGUCUAGAAGAUCUCUGGAACGACAUGUCAUUAGCAAUGGAAUUUUCAAAGAUUGCCUCACCAGAUGAGCCAUCUAUUGUUCAAACAGAAGAAUGCAGCCAUUCUUAUGUUCUUGAGGAUGAUCUCGGCCUUGUUUGCCGUGUGUGUGGAGUUAUUCAGAAAAGUAUCGACACUAUUUUUGACUAUCAAUGGAUAAAGGGAACACGGGUGGCAAGGACCCGCAUAUCUGGAUCAUCAAAGGAUGUAGAUGACGAUGUUGAAUAUGGCCCACUUAAAGUUUCCGAAGAUGAUUUUACAGUGGAAGAUAUUUCUAUCCACCCUAGGCACUCAAAGCAAAUGAAGCCGCAUCAGUUAGAAGGAUUCAAUUUCUUGGUCAGAAAUUUGGUUACUGACAAGCCGAGUGGUUGCAUCCUAGCUCAUGCACCUGGCUCAGGAAAAACCUUCAUGCUCAUAAGCUUUAUCCAAAGCUUCCUAGCCAAGUACCCUUUUGCGCGGCCCCUUGUUGUUCUCCCUAAAGGAAUUCUCCCUACAUGGAAAAAAGAGUUCCAGCGAUGGCAAGUGGAGGACAUACCUUUAUAUGAUUUUUACUCUGUUAAGGCUGAUAGCAGAGCAGAACAGUUGGAGGUAUUGACUAGAUGGCAAGAGAACAAGAGCAUUUUAUUCUUGGGUUAUAAGCAGUUUUCGACUAUAAUAUGUGGUGCUGCAGCCAGUAAAGUAGCUGCUGCUUGCCAAGAAAGGCUCUUAAAAGUUCCGAGUCUUCUCAUACUUGAUGAAGGCCACACGCCGCGAAAUGAAGACACUUACGUGCUAGAUUCACUUGCUAAAGUUCAAACUCGGCGAAAAGUAGUGCUUUCUGGUACCUUGUUUCAAAAUCAUGUUAGGGAAGUGUUUAAUAUUUUGAACCUUGUGCGCCCAAAGUUUUUAAGGUUCGAGGGUUCGCGAGCUAUUGUUAAGAGGGUCCUUAGCAGGGUAGCCAUAGCGGGUAAUAGGAGGCUUUCCAAAGGAGCUGUGGAUAACAUGUUCUAUGAUUUAGUGGAGGAGACUUUGCAAAAUGACGAAAAUUUUAGGAGAAAAAUUACCGUUAUUCAGGACCUCAGGGAAAUGACGAAGGACGUUCUUCAUUACUAUAAAGGUGAUUUCUUGGAUGAAUUGCCGGGGCUGGUUGAUUUUACUGUGCUUUUGAAUUUAACCGCAAAGCAGAAACAAACUAUUCGCAAGUUAGAAAAGUAUGAGAAGUUCAAAAGAAGUGCUGUGGGAACUGCUGUUUACAUGCAUCCACACCUUUUGAGCAUUUCAGAGAAUGCGGUGGCGGACAGGGCUGCUUCAUUUAAAGAUGAAAACAUUGAUAAUUUGAUUGAAGCAUUGGAUGCAAGAGAUGGCGUGAAAGCUAAAUUUUUCCUAAACAUCUUGGCUCUCACCGAGUCUUCUGGCGAGAAGCUACUCGCCUUUAGUCAAUACAUUCUCCCUUUGAAAUUCUUGGAAAGGCUGAUGGUGAAAGAAAAAGGAUGGCAUGUAGGAAAGCAUAUAUUUAUUAUUUCUGGUGAUUCAAGUUCUGAGAAUAGAGAGUGGUCGAUGGAGCAAUUCAACAAUUCCCCUGAUGCUAGGGUUCUUCUCGGCUCAAUCAAGGCUUGUGGUGAGGGUAUAUCUCUUGUAGGUGCAUCUAGGGUUGUGAUUUUAGACGUUCAUCUGAACCCUUCGGUUAUGCGCCAAGCUAUCGGGCGUGCGUUUCGGCCGGGCCAAACGAAGAAAGUGUACACGUACCGGUUGGUGGCCGCUGAUUCCCCAGAGGAGGAAGUCCAUAAUACCUCGUUUCGGAAGGAGUUGAUUGCGAAAAUGUGGUUUGAGUGGAGCGAGUACUGUAGCCGCCAGGAGUUUGAAUUGGACUCCGUUGAUAUCGAUAGCUGUCAAGAUGUGUUCCUGGAGAGCUCCCAAUUAAGCGAAGAUAUAAAGGCUCUGUACAGAAGGUGAUCCUAUGGAUUGCACUUUCGUCCGCAAUGCGACUGAUAUUGCGGUACCAAAUUAACAGUGUUAUGUCACAUGUAUGUUUUCCGUUUAGCGGUUAGAUGUUAUCAAAUGUUAACAGAAUCUGGUCGUCUUCAUUGAGUUGCAGUACUGAAUCAACAACACCUGCAACCUGCAGUUUUAUUAAGCUAUUUUCCAGCAGAAAUGAAUGUAAAAUUUUCUAUCUUUUGUGAAUCUGCAUCGACCGUAUGGCCAUCGGUGAGCUAAUGUUUUCUUCUGUAAAUGGCAACUGAUGUCUAGUUGUAUGUCGUCGUAGGUGAAUAAAAACGAUCUCAGCGAUAUUGGUUGUUUCGA